AUGGCUGCCUUGACGGAACAGCCGCCUGUGGCUCCCUCCACAUUCGACCAGGACAUCGACUCUUUCCUCAACCUCGAUCAACUCACCUAUACGUCCGCAGAGCCAUCUCGCUCGAAAACUACUCUGACCUCCCAGCCGGCUAUUCAAAACCCCGAGUUUGUUGCCAACAACCAGUCUCCUGUCAUUUUCCAGGGUCCAAGUCAUCAAUAUGACGAGCAUAAGCAGCAGACUGGCCUUCCCCCGGGCGCCCUGGCUCAAGCCAUGACCUUCAAUCAGAUGAACGGCAUGGGAUUCGGCGGUGCAAGCCCCGGUUAUCCGUUGAAUGGCGACAUGAUGUCGAACCCUCCGAUGAAGCGGGAAGACUCUCUUGAUUUCAACUCUUUGCCCACUCGGAACCCGUCUGACAUGGACCUGGAGUCCGACAGCAUGAGCGCCGUGCCCGGCUACUACUUCUCUCCCAACCCCAACAACAAGAACCAGUUCGUCGACCCCAAUGCCCUGGGAGGCCAGGAGGUCAUCCCCAUGGGCCCCUCGACCCAGGUCGGUCGCAUGUACCCCGGAAUGCAUCAGCAGCAGGCUGCGAUGGCGCGGGCUGCCCAACAGCAGAAACACCAUGAAAUGAUCCGCCAACAGCAAAUGCAGCAGCAGCAUCAGCAGCAGCAGCAACAACGCCGGAUGGAUGAGCAUAUGCAACAAACGGCGCCGUCGAUGGACCAGACUCGUGCGCCGAACCCGGUGGUGGAUGAGCGGAUCUCGCGACUACUGCAACAGAUGCGUCAAACCUCAGUUACCUCGCCUGAUGAGACUCCCUCUCCAUCGGCUCUCCCGCAAAUGACCAAGGCGAAGAAGGACGAACAGGAGAUGGAUGAGGAUGAACGACUGUUGGCCAGUGAGGAAGGAAAGAAGCUCAGCAGCAAGGAACGCCGUCAGCUCCGCAACAAGGUGUCCGCUCGUGCUUUCCGCUCGCGCAGAAAGGAAUACAUUGGACAGCUUGAGAGCGAAGUUGCCGCCAAGACCAAUGAAGCUCACGAAUUGCGCCUUCAGAACCGUGCCCUCUUCGAGGAGAAUGCUCGUCUUACCGACCUGGCUCGCAUGCUUCUCUCAUCUCCCCACUUCUCUCAGUUUCUUGACGAGAUGAACGCGAAUGGGAUCCCCUUCAACAACCCAACCCAGCCGGCUCAACCGCAAGCUCAGCCGUCGCAACCCCAGCCGCAGCCGCAGCCCCAGCAGCACCCCGUAAUGUCGCAGCCGCCCAUGCAGUCCACCAUCCCCAAGGAGGCGACCCCUGCCCAUCCUACCCAAGACUUCACCACGUCCCAGACCCCCCACGUCGGUAUGGUCAUGGUUCCUCAGCAGACCAUGGACGUUUCUGCUAUGAACCUCAACAGUGGGUGGAACUCGGGUAUCGACAUGAACUACGCGAACGCAUCCGUCUUUGCCGUUUUGGAAGUCCCUGAACCCCCGGCCAUCGAUACCGAAUAUCUGUCUGGAAAGGGCUCUGGUCUCGCGUCUUACCUCCCUCAGCCGCCUAGUGCCAAAGAUGAGGCGCCCGUCUUGGAGCCAUUGCCCGUCGCAGAGCGUCCUACUGGCUCGGACAUUGGUGUUGAAGACCCGGAAUAUGAAAUCGAUGAAUCCGAUCCCGCCUUCGCCCUCUUUAAGGACUCUCCAGCCGCAGCUCCUGUUGAUGCACUGUUUAUCUCCUCUUUCGAUGGUCUUCGUUCCGACAAGCCUGCGCCGGUCUACGAACUGAUCGUGGAGAACGAGUCCAGGGCAGGGGGGCGUCAGUUGGCUCACUUCUGUCAUGACAUGGAAGCUGCCUUCCAGCGUGUUUCCUUGGUGACCUCUCAUCUUUUGUGA